AUGGACCUCAUCCUUCUCUGUGUGUUCCUGCCUCUGGUGACCGUGGUGUGGGGCCAGUACGGUGACUAUUACUACGGUCCCUAUAACUACGGAGAUAAUGAUGAAUGGGUCAAUGUGUACCGGCAGGGUUUCAACUUCCAGUGCCCACAUGGGCAGGUGAUCGUGGCCGUCAGGAGCGUUUUCAACAAGAAGGAAGGCUCUGACAGACUGUGGAACUACGCCUGCAUGCCGGCGGCCCAGAGCCUCGGUGAGCCGACAGAGUGCUGGUGGGAAGAGAUCAACAGGGCGGGAACCGAAUGGUAUCAAACCUGCUCGAACAAUGGGCUGGUGGCUGGUUUCCAGAGUCAGUAUUUUCCAUCUGUGCUUGACCGUGAAUGGCAAUUCUACUGCUGCCGCUACAGCCGGAGAUGCCCAUAUUCAUGCUGGUUAACAACAGAAUAUCCGGGACACUAUGGAGAAGAUAUGGACAUGAUGAUGUACACUUAUGACCAUUACAUCCGUGGGGCAACCACAACUUUCUCUGCUGUGGACAGGGAUCGUCAGUGGAAAUUCAUUGUCUGCAGGAUGACAGAGUAUGACUGCCCGUUUCAAAAUGUUUAA